UCCUAAGCCGUGGACAGAUCAAAUUGAAGCUUUGGCCGGCGCGGAAGUGUGACGGGAGAGCGAGAAAGAUGAAGGAGAGCAGCUCAACGGGGAGCGAUCCCCGCCAGCCAUCAACGGCGAAGCCCUACGUUCCUCCGCCGAUUUCCCCGCAGGAUCUUCCCGUCGAUUACGCCGGAUUCCUUGCCGUCGUCCUCGGAGUAAUCGGCGUCAUGUUCCGUUAUAAGUUGUGCUCAUGGCUGGCUAUUGUUUUCUGUGCUGAAUCUCUUGUAAACAUGAGGAACUUUGAGGCUGAUCUUAAACAGGUAUCCAUGGCCAUGAUGUUUGCCAUUAUGGGAUUGGUUACAAACUACUUUGGCCCAAAACGCCCGCCCAAGGCACAGCCUUGAUGUUGGUAUCUUCUUGCCACCGUUCUCUUCUUUGUAGUUCUUGAACUAAAAAUUUAGCCCAGAUUUUUCAAUGAACUCUACUACUUGUGAUAAUCAGAUUAAUUUCGUUGUUACAAUGGACAACACUCUGAUUUGCCUCUAUCCUUUGAUUAAUGUAAUUCCUGCACUCUUACCUGGCUAUUUUAUUCCAUGGCCCUACUAUUUUAAAUUUCGUCGUUUCCUGAAGUA